UUCUUGUCAGGAAUCAAAUCUAAUCUGAUCCAAUUGUUUUAUUAGGGAGUUACUUUACUUACUAACACUCUGGAAACAAACACCACAAUCUGUACUUUUGUUUGAUUGUCCAACAAGGAACAAUCAGUCUGAAUUAUAUAACUGAGCUUACGAUCCACACCUAAAAUUUUACAGAUAACAGAGCAUAUAAGUGAUGGGUUUUUUGUUGAGCUGUCCACAUUCUGACUAUUGGAGUGGUUUGCCGUGAAAUCUUCCUGGCUAUAAGAUUUCUCAUCUUUCUGCAAGAAUGAUGGCUGGUCACAAGUGUCGACUUUUCCACUACAUUUUGCUGUCUGUUGUUGGUUUAUGCCGUGGAAAAGACCUGUUCUUCAAUGACAACGGAAACCUCAUACUCCCGGGGUCCUACAAUAUUCCAUGGAUGGCGGGCAUCGAGAAUUUCCGCACCCUCUCUCUCAUCACCCUCCCUGGGGCCCAUGACAGCAUGGCCCUGUACGGAGGUCCAGAGGCGGAAUGCCAGGCCUUGUCCCUGAAGGAUCAGCUCAGGGCUGGCAUUCGUUUCCUGGAUCUCAAAGUGUUCGGACUGGGUGACACCCUCUAUGUCAUGCAUGGGGUGAUGUACCAGCACAGCACUCUCAAGGACGUCCUAGACACUGUCCGAGCCUUCCUGAAAGAGUUUCAGACCGAAGCUGUGCUCAUUAGAAUCCAACCAGAGUCUUUUGAGAAAAACACUGUCAACCAAAUGGUGCAGAGUCUGAUUGGCAACGACCAGCACGUCUGGGUGACUUCUGGCAUGCCAAACAUUGGUCAGGUCAGGGGGAAAAUAGUCUUUUUGCAGAAGAGCACCUUCACGCUAGGAAUUCCCCUCAUAGACACAGACGGGAAAGGUCAAACCAAGGUUAGCAACGUUAAAGAUAAAGACAACAGAAUUAUGAAGCAGCUGAACCAAGCCACUGAAGCCUGUGGGGGUGAUAAUGCGGUUCUGACUUACAGUAGCGGCACUGGCUUUGGUACUUUCUGGGGAAUGUUUCUGACUCCAAAGAGAGUGGCUGAAAAGGUAAACCCAUGGCUCAAUCAAUACCUGAGACAGUUCUACCCCAAUCAGCCCAGGCCAUGCUUUGGCAUCAUUGCCAUGGACUUUCCUGGCAUUGACCUCAUUCAAACUGUUAUCAAUUUAAACUGGUGGUAGCUGUGUACAAUGUGCCCCAUCACGUGUUGAAUCUGAUAUUUGAU